AUGGCCAGCAGUGGCCUAAAGCAGGUCACCCCGCCGCCUACUUUGCAGCAGGCGCAGACCAAUGCAAUAUUGACUCUUUUAAACCUCAACAAUCCGGUGGACUCGACAGCAGCCAACCCCAUCAUAAGCACUGGCUCAUCUAAGCCUGGCGUCGGGUCAGCGCUCAAGGUACCCCAACCUACGGGUCCGCCUGUCUGGAAGGUCCUUGUGUUAGACCAGCAGACAAAGGACGUGUUAGCUACCGUUUUACGUGUGCAAGAUCUGCGAGAUGUAGGGGUAACACUUCAUGUACAGCUCCACUCGCUUCGCCCACCCUUACCAGAUGUUCCGGCCAUAUACUUCAUUUCUCCGACACUGGCCAACAUACGCCGGAUAGCGGAGGACUUAGAGAAGUCCCUUUAUGAAACUUUUCACUUGAAUUUCGUGGACCCUAUACCUAGGAGUUUACUGGAAGAGCUGGCAGCAGCCGUGGCACGAGAUGACACAGGGGAGCUGGUAUCACAGGUCCUCGACCAAUAUCUCUCCUUUAUCGCACCGUCACCAUCAUUGUUCUCUCUCCUACCCCCUCCGCCUCCGCAGACAUCGUUAAGCUCAGUUCCUACUCAAUCGUCCAAACCGCACUCGUCGUAUGCCGUGCUCAAUUCUCCCUCUUCGUCAGAACAGCAGAUUGAAGAGGAGAUUGAGCGUAUAGCAAGCGGCUUGUUCAGCGUGGUCGUGACUAUGGGCCAAGUACCCAUUAUACGAGCACCGAAAGGCAACGCAGCUGAGAUGGUAGCCAAGAAGCUGGAAACAAAAAUCCGGGACGCUAUCCUUUCGGCAUCUAGAUCUCAUGGAGCGUCAAAUUCUUUGUUUGCGCAAGACUCCACUGGUCUGUCUAACCUGCAGCGACCACUUCUUCUUAUCAUGGACCGCAACAUAGACCUAGUGUCAAUGGUGUCGCACGGAUGGACGUACCAGGCACUUGUGUCCGACUGUCUUGAGAUGAAACUGAACCGGGUAGUCGUUUCGACGCCCUCUCAGAAUCCACUGCAAACCUCGUCGAAGAAAGCGUAUGACCUCGACUCCAAAGAUUUCUUCUGGUUGAAGAAUGCGGCGAACCCGUUUCCACAGGUAGCCGAAGAUAUUGACACAGAGCUGAACAAGUACAAGCAGGACGCCGCAGAACUGACGCGGAGCACUGGAGUUAGCGAUGUGAAUGACAUCUCGCAGAUAGAUUUGUCUUCGAAUGCUGCUCAUUUGAAGACGGCUAUCACUGCUUUGCCCGAGCUAACAGCCAGAAAAGCCACUCUCGACACACACAUGAAUAUCGCCACAGCUCUAUUGGAACAUAUAAAGAAGCGCGGCCUGGAUGAACUCUUUAGCACAGAAGAAGCUAUCAACAAGCAGACAGUCCAAAGUAUUCUUGAGACCAUCAGGUCUUCAAAAUCCGAAGGGUCACCUACGCCAGAAGACAAGCUCCGUCUAGCUAUCGUCUUCUACCUGUCCUCGCCAGAUAACACCAUCUCGAAAGAGGAUGUCGCUGAACUGGAGAAAGCGUUGAAAGAUGUAGGCGCCGAUGUAGCUGCGUUCGGAUACGUACGACGGACGCGAGAAAUAUCGAAGAUGACUAUGUCCACUGUGACAGGUACCAGCACUCCAGUGCUCGGUGGGGCUGGCCAAGGUGGCGAAUUAUUCAAGGGCUUGAGUGCCUUCGGAAACAGGUUCACAGACCGGCUUAAGGAAGGUGGUCUCGAAAACCUGAUUUCAGGCGUAAAGAAUUUCCUUCCCGCAAACAAGGCCCUCCCCGUCACCCGCCUGACAGAAGCCUUGAUGGAUUCCUCAGCCGCUUCCAAUCAGUCCCUCCAAGAGACCGACGACUAUAUCUUUCUGGACCCGCGGGCGCCGCGGAAUCCUAACGCGGGCCUUGGUUUCAGCGGAGCGGGCGGCCCGGGAUCUGGAGGUAGCGGGCGACCACGGAGGAUGGCGUUCCAGGAGGGUAUUGUGUUCAUCGUGGGCGGGGCUGGAUACGUCGAGUACGGCAAUCUCGAGGAGUGGGCGAAGAAGACGGGGAGGAGAGUCACGUAUGGUGGGACAGAGAUCCUGGAUCCAGGAGGAUUUGUGAACAUCUUACAGGACCUGGGGAAGGCAACCUCAUAA